AUGUCUCUCCCCGUUUGGUUUCUACGUGUAUCAUUGCAUAUCCCGACACCCAAGAUUCUCAAAAGAAUCCAAGGUAACGCAAGAUCCGGGAGCGUUUUGCGACACCAGGACAUGCGUUAUACGUUAGAUACAUGCAGUUGCCUCGCCAGCUACCUAGGACGAAUCCAUCACUUUGGCAUUCAAUGCGCUGAGAGGCUGGCUGCUGCAAUGCCACCUCGAAAAGCAAAGCUGAACAGGCAAAGGAAACGACGAUACGAAUUGUUCGUCCGCGCUCCUGCCCGUGCCACUCGAAUCCUCAUCGACAAUACCUUAGCCCAACACGCAUCGGCUCUCCUCGCACGCGAACCUGGCCCAACUGCCCUGACGUCUUCGGGCCGUCACGCUGGGCCCAGAUCUACACGCCUAGUCCUCGCACCCUUCUUCAAGAUGCCCCUAGUGAUGGUCGACUCCAAGGCACAGAGAGCCGCCUGA